UAUGUCAACACAUAACUCAUUUUCUGUUCUGGUUUUCCUAUUUUUUGUGCUUACCACGGCUGCCGAAAUUAAUAGAGAUCUUGUGAGGUGUGGCGACUGUACUGCUGCUAAUGUGGGCAAAUGCACUAUUGAAAAUGAUACGGGAUACUAUGUUUCCCUAGGGUAUGUUGAAGUGCCUUAUGUUCGCACAAAACAAAGUGAUGUUCCUCGGGGAACAUCUGACUUGAGCGAGUGCAUUCCCGGAAAUAUGAAAAUUGAGGCUGAUGAUGGACUAUUUUCUUAUAUAUGUGUUUGGUCCCCAGAACUUGGUUGUCAAAUUAUAUAUCCCAAGCACAAUGAAAAGCCGCGCUGCUUUAAUUGCCGGACGAGGGAUUUGGGCUUGGGAGAAGAUUCCUGUAUGUUUAAGAGACCAAAAAGAAAGCAAAUUCGGGAUCAAGUCGACUCUUCACCGGCUUGCUGCAUUCUGUGAUUAGUGCAUGUUUUGUGCGGCAGGCAACUUAAAAAAUAUUUAAAAAUUUAUA